GGGAUGCCCAAGAGGACCCCACUUCCCCGGCUUCCCGCCGAACCAUCUCGACUUUUGACGGCCGAAUCGGCCCAUUGCUGCUGCACCUUUCUUCCGAAGCGGCCAGGAGAAGGAGUAUUACACUUUUCGUGCUGCUCUUUUUUUGCUGUGACUAACUUCAGACUACAAUUCCACAUAUCUCAAGCAGCGCACACCGUUUUUGCGCCAUGUUCCGCCACAGCGCCCGCACCUUCGCGACAAGCGCCCGGCGCGUGGCCGCUGCGGCCGCCACCGAACCGUCCCAGCACCUAAUCGCCGUGGCCAAGGCGCAAGGAAUUGCCAAGGGGCUGACAGGAGCCAUCGGCAACACCCCUCUCAUCCGCCUGAACCGCCUCUCAGAGCAAACAGGCUGCGAGGUUCUGGGCAAAGCCGAGUUCAUGAACCCCGGCGGAUCCGUCAAGGACCGCGCAGCGCUGUACGUGGUGAAGGACGCCGAGGAGCGCGGGCUGCUGCGGCCGGGCGGGACCGUGGUGGAGGGGACGGCGGGCAACACGGGGAUCGGGCUAGCGCACGUGUGCCGCAGCAAGGGCUACAAGCUGGUCAUCUACAUGCCGGACACGCAGUCGCAGGGCAAGAUCGACCUGCUGCGCCUGCUGGGCGCCGAGGUGUACCCGGUCCCCGCCGUCGCGUUCGACAACCCACAGAACUACAACCACCAGGCCAAGCGGCACGCCGAGCGCCUAGACAACGCCGUGUGGACGAACCAGUUCGACAACACGGCGAAUCGCAGGGCGCACAUCGAGACCACCGGGCCGGAGAUCUGGCACCAGACCGGAGGCAAAAUCGACGCCUUCACCUGCGCGACGGGCACGGCGGGGACGUUGGCCGGGAUUACGCGGUACCUGAAGGACGUGUCGGGCGGGCGGGUCAAGAGCUUCCUGGCGGACCCGCCGGGGAGCGUGCUGCACUCGUACAUCAGCUCCGGCGGCAAGCUGAUCGAGCGGACCGGGUCGAGUAUCACCGAGGGGAUCGGGCAGGGGCGGAUCACGGAGAACUUGAAGCCGGAUGUGGAGCUGCUGGAUGGGUCGCUGCACAUCAGCGACGAGAAGAGCAUCGAGAUGGUGUACAGGUGCCUGGAUGAGGAAGGCUUGUAUCUCGGUGCGAGCUCGGCGCUCAACGUGGUCGCGGCGAAGGAGGUGGCCGAAAAGCUGGGCAAGGGGCACACGGUGGUGACCAUCCUCGCCGACGGCGCGUACCGGUAUGCCGACAGGCUUUUUUCGAGGAAGUGGCUCGAGGCGAAGAACCUGUUGUCGGCCAUCCCGGAGCAUCUUCAAAAGUACAUUGUCCUGCCAUAGGCCCGCGACCCCGUUGCACUUUGUUACAGAUACAUAGAUAUUUACAUGUAC